GAAAAUGUCACAAAAUAUGUUUUAUCCAAAGUAUGUGUAUUUCUAUUGUGAAUAAAAGUUACUUCAUCAAUAUUAUAUGUUAAUUUGACCAACAAAAACAUAUAAACACUUUUUCUUAGAUUUAGUGAACAUUUCUGUCCAUAAAGUUUUUUUCACCAUUAAGAAAAUAAUGUUUUCUCGGUGUAAACAUAAUUUUAAAAACAGAUUAAUGAUAAUAUCCAUAAAGUCUCGUUUCUUUAAAAGCAAAAUGACAGAUGACUUUUCUCCUGAUGGAGCUGUUGGAUUUUUUCUGUUUAAUUGUUCUAUUUUCACUUAUGAGCACUUUACCUCCUUACCUUUUUUUUCUUUUUUAAAUGAUAAAUAAUACCUGUCAUUACAUCAGUCUGCGCGCUAAUUGUGGAUAAUCGUCUCCAUCGUUCCUCCAUUCCCCUAUGUGAGGUGACGCACGCGGCUGCAGGGGGGCUGGUGUUUUAUAAAGCAGCUAAACGCGGCAGCACAUAUCACACACAACCUGUGCCCCCCUUUACCCUCUGCAGCGAGCUGCCAUGGAGGAUCUGGCCCCUCUGACCCCGGAGGACGGCGCGGGUCCGUGCGUCAACGCCUCCAGCGCGCACUGGGCGCACCGCGUCUGGCUCCCGGGGAUCGGGAUCGCCGCGCUCUAUGGGCUCCUCAUCGUGGUGGGUGUCGUCGGGAACGUGACUCUGAUGAAGACCUGCCUGCUGGUCAAGUCCAUGCGCACCGUGCCCAACUUGUUCCUGUCCAGCCUGGCCAUGGGCGACGCGCUGCUGCUGCUCACCUGCGCGCCGGUGGACGCCAGCCGCUACCUGGUGGACGAGUGGCUGUUCGGGCGGGUCGGAUGCAAACUGAUCCCCUUCAUCCAGCUGACGUCUGUGGGAGUGUCUGUGUUCACCCUGACCGCGCUGUCUGCUGACCGGUACAAAGCGAUUGUGAGACCUCUGGACAUGCACAGACCCAGCACCUCGCUCAGCAUUAGCGUGCGGGCGGGGGCCAUCUGGCUGCUCUCCGUGACCCUGGCGAUCCCCGAGGCCGUCUUCUCAGACCUGCACGCCUUCACCACCAGCCACACCAACGAGACGUUCGUGACCUGCGCGCCUUACCCCCACGCCGGCGACCUGCACCCAAAGAUCCACUCCACCGCCUCCUUCCUCAUCUUCUAUAUCAUCCCGCUCUUGGUCAUCUCCGUUUACUACUUCUUCAUCGCUCGCAGUCUGAUCAGGAGCUCUGCAGACCUCCCAGCUGAGGGACACCUGCAUGUGCAGAAACAGAUCAAAUCCAGGAAGCGUCUAGCCAAAACAGUGUUGGUGUUCGUGGGUCUGUUCGCGGUCUGCUGGCUCCCCAGUCACGUCAUCUACCUAUACCGGUCCUUCCACUACGACCAGGUGGACACGUCCCUGGGUCACUUCAUCGCCAGCGUUUGUGCUCGCAUCUUGGCCUUCGCCAACUCCUGCGUCAACCCGUUCGCUCUGUAUCUGAUGAGCCAGAGCUUCAGCAAGCACUUCAGAAACCAGCUGCUGUGCUGCAGCUCUCCCAGGCAGCUGCGCAGCCAGAACAGUGCAAGCACAAACGUGACCACCGUCUGAGGAAACCCCCAAUUUGGUCCUCAGUCAAAAGCAGCUAGUUGUAAAUACGUUUAAUCUGCUUCAAUAUUGUUUUCAUGUUCUAUUGCUUUUGUGGCAGUCAAAGGCAGAUCAAAAAAACUUUAAAUAUUAAACAGUUUCAAUGUAUUAACUGUUCGUUUACAGAGAUUGUGUCCUGUAAAACAGCCUGAACUGCAUGUUUCUUGUUCACACUGUUAACUAUUUAAAGGUCAGGUUUAAAAAAAAGUUGAAUUUUGCAAAUUUAUAAGCUAAACUUUUGUUCUGUUCAGUGAUUUAGAUGUUAUCAAAUGCAUAUUUUGUUCAUAUGACCAGUAUAUAUUUAUUCACAAAUCAGUUCUGUGUUUGAAAGGAUUUCAAGGCGGGUCAGUCUGCUAAACAUGAAAAAUUGUAGAUGUUUUUUUAAGUGCUAACAUAAUUUAUUUCACAUUCUAAAGUAUGAUAUUAAUGGAAAGAAGCUGUAAUUAAGAAAAUAAAGGCUCAUGUACAAUCAACAUAGUUCAGAGUCACCCCUGUUGUUUUUUUUGUUGGUGUUUUUUCCUUUUAAAGUAGAAAA